GCGGCAGGAGCGCUGAGCGCGGCAGUUUAUUACUGGUCAGCACUGGUUCAGAGGCGCAGCUUUCUGUGAUGCUGGCCCUGUCUUGUGCCCUUUCUCUGCACGGGCAGCAGCUCGCACCUUCUGACAUUGACAAGGCUACCAUGGGUGUGCUUUCCUUGGCAGACCCUGUGCGCAGGUAGAAGAAAUUGGAAGAAUGGACUGUGGAUAGGCCGAGUCCUUUCUUUUCCUUUGUUGUGGAGAUGUGGAACGAACAGGGCAAUGCAGAGGCUCAAUUGAGCUGCUUUUCAAUCUUCAGUGUGGCCCCCUUGCGGACGGACUGCUUUAGGAGGCCUUCAACAAUCAACAUCGGCAGUGUUGGAGGGAACAGAAACAGAAGUGUCACGUGAGACAAGGUCGUAAGACAAGGGCGUUGGUUGGCUGGUCGGGCCCCCUCUGUCGUUUGGAGAGCAGGAUGCCUGCUGCAAUUCCAGGCUCAUGCUAGUUGCAGCAUGGGCUGUGUAGGAUCCAAGGAGGCUUCGGAGAGCGGAGCAGGACAGAAGAAGGUGCAAAACCCUGCAGCGCAAUAUGGAGCCAAGACCGCGAACACAGCGGCGCAGCAGAAGAACAAGCAAGUUGAGCCUGUGGAUAGCCAGAAGAGUUAUAGGACGGACGACACGUCUGUUGGCAGUGGACUCGGGUCCGGUCAGAAGCCGCUUGAAAAGAACUUUGGGUUUAGCAAAAACAUCGCCCUGAAGUACGACAUUGAGGAGGAGAUUGGAAGGGGCCACUUUGGCCACACAUGUGCGGGCCGGGUGCGGAAAGGGGAUAAUAAGGGGCAGAGAGUGGCCAUCAAAAUCAUCCCAAAAGCAAAGAUGACAUCAGCGCUGGCUGUCCAGGACGUGAAGAGGGAGGUCAAGAUACUGCGGGGAUUGGAGGGCCAUGAGAACAUCGUGAAGUACUACGAUGCAUACGAAGACAACGUGAACGUGUACAUAGUCAUGGAGUUGUGCGAAGGCGGGGAGCUCUUGGACCGCAUUCUUGCGCGCGGCGGCCGUUUCAGCGAGAAGGACACACAGGAGGUGGUGCGACAGAUUCUUGGCGUCGUGGCCUGGUGCCACUUGCAAGGGGUGGUGCACAGAGACCUGAAACCGGAGAACUUCUUGUACUCGACCAAGGCCGACGAUGCACCACUGAAAGCGAUUGAUUUCGGGCUGUCAGACUUUGUGUUGCCAGACGCGAAGCUGGACGACAUAGUGGGAAGCGCCUACUACGUCGCGCCCGAGGUGCUCCACCGCUGCUACAGUUACGAGGCCGACGUCUGGAGCGUGGGCGUCAUCACGUACAUUCUUCUGUGCGGCAGCCGGCCGUUCUGGGCGCGCACCGAGUCGGGCAUCUUUCGCUCGGUCCUGCGAGCGGACCCCAACUUCGUAGACAUGCCCUGGCCCAGCAUCUCCACGCUCGGGAAGGACUUUGUGCGGCGGCUCAUGAGCAAGGACAUCCGGCGCCGGCUCACGGCCGCGCAGGCGCUGACGCAUCCCUGGUUGAAGUCUGACCGGUGCAGCCCGCCCAUGGACAUGGCCGUCGUGCGAUCAAUACGAAAGUAUUCCAAGCACGGCCCGCUCAAAAAAGCGGCUCUCAGGGCCGUCUCAGGGACGUUGCGGGACGAGGAACAGGCCCACGCGCGGGUACAGUUCGCCAUCUGUGACGCAGACGGCGAUGGGGCGGUCACUCUUGCGGACCUGAAAGCGUCUGUGGCGAAGUUCUCGACAGAAGCGAUGCGGGAGUCCAGGGGGAUGGACCACUUUCUGUCGAUGGACGCAGCGGCCGUUGGGCGCCUCGAUUUCGAGAAUUUCAGCGCGGCGAUCGCGAACGUGCACCAGCUGCAGCAGAGCGGCGACUGGGAGAACCGGAUUCGCGCGGCGUUCGAGUUCUUUGAGAAGGACGGCAACGAGUUUGUAGAAGCCGAGGACCUCGUCAAGGAGAUAGGCCAUCCUGAUCCGAUGCCCACCUCCACCAUUAUUGAAAACUUCACGCGAGAAGACGACGCGAAGCUAAAUUUUGCAGAAUUUGCAAAGCUAUUGCGGAGUGGCUCGAUGCGAAGAAGACCCCAGGUGAAAGCAACCCGAUAAGCAGCAGGAGUUUGAGGUGGUCAGCUUUGUAGUCCGCCGGUAGAGUAGAAUGACCCGCUCCAAUCCAGUAAUUUGAGAUUUACACGACGAAAUCUUAUACGGGCUAGGAGUAGCCAGUUUCUGGCACUCGGCGUCCCAUUAGUGAUUGUAGAUACUUGAGAGGCAGUCAAGGGCCAUUACAGGCCGUAGGCUCAUCCCACUGUUGUCGUCCAAGAUAUCCGAUCAUCAAGGGACAAACUUAGCAGGAUCGACUCCCUAAUAAAUGAUACUUUCGAUGUUGCAAUUGCAGUUUCGUAUUCUAACCCAGAUCCUGUGGCAUGAGAGAAAUUAAUGCUCGUACUGCCGGGAGCGUAGGCCCAGCUGCUAUUCCCACGUUAUGUAGUUGCAGCAUGGAUUUCAAAGUGACAUAAUUCGAUCCGAAGCUAGCAGUUAAUUUCAUUUUUAUACGUUGAAGAUCCUAACGUAGACGAUGAA